CUUCUGUAGUCACUGCUGAAAAACGGGGGUUUGGUGGAAGUGUAAAGACAAACCCGCGCGGUAUUAACGUAUCUUGCGCUAAGGUUAUUUAUUGGUACUUUUAUUUUUAAAAUAUUUAAUAUCAAUAUUCGUUGUUACCAUUUGUCCUAGAAACGUUGAAGUUCUGGUAUUUCCUAAUAUGACUAGAUCAAAAAUAGAGUUAGGAGAUGUAACACCGCAUAAUAUAAAGCAACUAAAACUUCUAAACCAAGUAGUAUUUCCAGUCUCAUACAAUGAGAAGUUUUACAAGGAUGUUUUGGAGGCUGGUGAACUAGCAAAACUUGCAUAUUACAAUGACAUAGUGGUUGGUGCAGUUUGUUGCAGAGUGGAUACUUCUGAAAAUUCUAGGCGGCUGUAUAUCAUGACUUUGGGAUGUCUUUAUCCAUACAGAAGGUUAGGAAUUGGUACAGUAAUGGUACAGCAUGUUUUAAAUUAUGUUAACAAAGAUGGAAACUUUGAUUCAAUAUUUCUUCACGUUCAAAUAAGCAACGAAGGUGCUAUCGAUUUUUAUAAAAAGUUCGGAUUCGAAAUAGUAGAAACAAAGGAACACUAUUACAAGAGAAUAGAACCGGCGGAUGCUCAUGUAUUACAAAAGACUUUACGUCCUAAAACAAAUCAAACAAUUAAUAUUUAAGUACAAUGCUUGAAAGCUAUGAUUUUAAAUUAGACGUUAGACGCAUAUAUUAUCAAUAAAAUAUAAAUGUGUGAUGUAAAACAUACAGAUAAAAAAAAACACAUUUAUCAUGUUCGCAUACCGACUUAAUGUUUAAAUAUUGCAAAUUUUUUUAAAUAGUAUAAAUUAUUACAGUCUUUGUACAUAAACAAUCAAUUAUAAUUUAAUAUCUGUAAAAACAAUAAUAGCAAAGAAACAUUUUGUUCCCACAUAUUAACAUGUAUACUUUAAAUGAGUAUUUUGCUAGAUGCAUGUAUAAUUAUAAUGCUAGUAGCUCCUGAAUUCUUUUCACACAUAAAUCUGAUCCUUCGCUUGCUUCUUUUGAAACCUGUUAAUUAAAAUUAAUUUAACAUAA